AUGAGCCGAUUUCCAGGCCCAAAGCUGCCGAAACAGCUGCUGGAACAAGUUACAGACGGCCGAAUAGGGAAGCGAAACCACCAGCAAGCCAGGAAAGACAGGCGGAAACAAGAACGUACACAGAAGAAGCUGGCGCGAGCGGAGCCUAGAGAUCGCAAUGCUACGAGGACGCGCGAGUAUCAGGUGACUCCGGCGGUGAAAGCGCCUCCGCGAGUACUGGAACCGAAAGUGGUGCCGCAGAAGCCUGUUCGGAAACAAAAGGAGCAAUCUCCAGCACGGGAACAAACCCCAGAAUCCGAGGAGAGUGAGGGGGAGGAGGAAGUUUCCGAAGACAGCGAUGACGAGGACAACGAUUAUGCUCGAGCUCCGGUGGUAUCCAAAGCCGUAAAGGCAAAGUUGGAUGAGGAUGAUGACGAGAUCGCAAGGCUCGAGAAAAAGCUUGGCAUCAAGAAGGGCAGGAAGAAGGUUGGUGACGACGAGCUAGAUUGGCUAGUUGGUGGGGGCGGCUCCAGCGACGAGGAUGGUGCUGCAACGCCAGGCAAGAAGAAGAGGGCGGCUCCAGAAGACGACGACUGGCUGAAGCAGAAACGACUGAAGGCCAGCCACUCGGCAACGCAGGUCCAGAAGGUUGACGCUGACACUGAACUCGCCUGCGACGAAGACGUCGAGGACAGCGCUUCCGAGUUGCUACCCAAUCCGUUUUCUGACGAUGAGAUUUCGGAAGGCGACUUUGAGGGCUUCGAGGAAGAUGAUGAGGAUGAGGAUGGUGACGAGGAGGCAGAGGCAGAGGCACAGGUGCCCGUAACAAAAAAACGUGAAAACCCAUACGUCGCGCCAGUCGCACCUUCCGCAGCCAAAUACGUACCUCCUUCGCUCCGGAAAGGGACGACUUCAGAUGAAGAAACGCUCAAAAAGCUGCGUCGCCAAAUGCAGGGAAACCUGAAUCGCCUUUCAGAAACAAACAUCAUUUCCAUUCUCGCGAGCAUUCAAGAGAUAUACGCAAAAAACGCUCGGCAGCAUUGUACUACAGUUCUUGUGGAGUUGUUCCGAGAGCGGGUGGCCGAUCCCUCAGAUCCAGGCGAUAAUGCCCUGAUCUUGUUCGCUGGCUUCGCAACAGCUCUUUACCGGGUUAUCGGCACUGACUUCGCUGCGCAGCUGCUGGAGAGCCUCGUUCACGAAUUUGACAGGAGUCAACGAGAGGCUGCGGAGGGCAAACAGAUGAUGAAUAUUUUGUCCUUCCUCAGUAAUCUAUAUGUUUUACAGACGAUUGGCUGCGAGAUCGUCUUCGAGUAUGUCAAGCUCCUGCUUGGCGAUUUCACUGAGGCAAACACUGUGCUGUUGCUCAGAAUCGUGAGAAUAGCUGGCCAGCAGUUAAGACAAGAUGACCCCUCGGCGCUGAAAGACAUAGUCCUGCUCUUGAACCGGAAUGUGACUGCUGCUGGCGGCGUUGAGAAGUUGAGUCAAAGGACCAGAGUCAUGAUCGACUUCAUUCAUGAUCUCAAGAAUAACCGGGUUAAAGCGAAUCGAGGACCGGAUGCCACUGCUCAAGACCACAUGCAACGUAUGAAGAAGACGCUCAGCACAAUCAAAAACGCGAAAACGAGCGAGCCACUGCGCAUUGGCUUAGCAGAUAUUCGAGAUGCCGAGAAGAAAGGCAAGUGGUGGCUGGUAGGUGCGAGCUGGAAAGACCCUGCAAAGAUGGCAAAUGGCGGCAACGCUUCCACGAAGCAGGCGGGCACUGAGCCCUCGAAUUCGAUCGCUGACGGUCCACACGAGAGCGACGAUCCAGAAGCAGGUGUUGACUUGAACGCCCUUGCCAAGGCUCAAGGCAUGAACACUGAUGUACGAAAAGCCAUAUUUGUGUCGGUCGCAGGCGCGGUCGACCCACAGCAUGCACAACUUCGACUCCUGAAACUCAACCUGAAGAAUAAGCAAAUGCUCGAAAUACCUCGGGUUAUCAUACACUGCGUUGGUGCAGAACCUGUGUACAACCAUUUCUACACUCUGGUUGGGCUCAAAUUCUGCUCAGACCGCCGCAUGAAGAAAGCUUGGCAAUUUGCCCUCCUCGAUGUGCUUCGACGAUGCGGCGAAGACUCUGCUGUUGAGGAGGACGACGAUCGGCCUGCAGAUGAGCUAAGUGUGAGACAAGUCUACAACAUUGCAAAGCUGUACGCCACUCUGAUCUCGGAGGGUCUUCUGCGCAUCUCAAUUCUCAAGCCAAUGCGUUUCGCAACACUUCAGCCGAAGAGUCAAAUCUUCGCAGAAGUCCUGAUCACGACUUUGUUCGUCCUUUUGCGGAAAAGGGCCGGUAAAGAGAAGUUCGGUAGCUCAGUGGAACAAGCAUUUGGUGAUGCGCAUUAUGUGCAGGGGUUGGUCAAAGGCUUGGCCUAUUUUGUCGAAACAGUGAUGCCAGGAUCGGAGGUACCUACCAAGAAGGAAAAGAAGGUCGUUGACGCAGGAUGCGAGUACGCCAGCUCCGCGCUCCACGAUGAGACCAAGCAGUCGAAAGCGAUGUCCGGUGCAGAUGGUGACGAUAGUGAUGUGGAAGGAAGCAUUGAGGUAGAUUGGGACUGA